CUCCAUGUGAAGAUACGUUCACUUCCCUUUCUCACCCCUCUGUCCUGGUAAUACAAAGCUUUUCUUCUGAUCGUCAACAAAAGUUCAUCCUUUCAGAGUCGGAUAAAUAUUCAGUCCUUGCUCUUAGCUCUUCCUGACAGCUGCUGUUUAAACAGUAAAUGUAAACGGACAUGGAGGCUACUGUUGGACUGCUGUUUCUGCUAAUAGGAGUGUCUUAUGGUGUGGAAACUUUCUGCGAUGCCAGACAAGAUGGAGCUCAGUGUUUAGGAAGCUGGGGAGGAACUGUGUUUGUUAAACUGAUGGACCAAGCCUCAGGAGCACCUAGAAUGGAUUGGAUGAAGGGAGCAACUUUGAUACUAAGAUGGAGAAACAAUGAAAUUGUGGCAAACACUAUAAUGAGCAGAUCUGAAUUUAUCCCCAACAAUGGAACAUUUAGGAUAAACAACCUGAGGAACAGUGAUAGUGGCAAAUACACGCUCAACCUUUUUGAUUCAGAGGGAAAAGAAAAAAGAACCCGUAAUCUGCAGUUGUUCGUUGAAGGCCAAUCUCCAAUAAGAGUUGGAGCAAUCUCUGCCCUGGUCUUCUAUUUAAUUCUGUUACUGGUCUGUAUAAUCAUCCUCUGUGUUCGGAGUAAAAAGCAAAAAUGCAAAGAAAAUCUUAAUGCUGACUUAAUUUACGUUGAUGUCAGAGUGGUGCAACAGCAAGGAAGGAAGUCAGUGAAGCAAAACAUGGAGGAAGAGGUGGAGUACAGCCAAAUCAAGACUGCAGGUCGUAAUGAUGUUAUGCCAAAAUCUAAAACCACAUUAAAAUAAAGAAAUCCUGGCUUUCCAGUCAUAACAGUGCAGCCAGGGGCAUUGGACAGCAGGAUAGUUCUGCGGGAGAUCAAGGAAACCUGCACGGAGGCACGGGCCACUGUGGCAUGGUACUUCCGAGGUGUUGUAAAGGAGAUGUCUUUCCCGUGGAUUCAUGCCAUAUAUUUAAAAUUUUUUGUAUGUGCAAAGAUACUUGACAACCAUGUAUAAACCACAUAAAAUAUCAAAUUGUUAAAAAGUUCAA